AUGGCACAGGAAUCAAUAAUAACAAUAUCAAAAUUCUUUUUGAACCCGUAUAAAGUAACACGACAACGUUUAGAAAUUGCAUCUUUUGAUCAAGAUGCUACAUAUAGGCAACAGAGAUCGGAGGUGAGUAAUAUUUGAGCUGUAUCGUGCUUUGUUCUGUUUGUAGCACCAUAGACAAUCCAGAAGACAAAUCCCUGUCUUCUGGAUUGUCUAUGGUAGCAUUCAAAUAUUUGCAUACGCACGUAAAGAUCUCACGGACGUAAAAAUUGCAUGAGAAUAUUUAAUAAAAAUACACAGCGCUUACAAUCCAAUUUUUGGUAGGUUAAAAAACAAUUUCACAAAAUUUAUAAAACUGUCUUUAUUUCAGCUUUCAGACUGCAUUAGAGCAACAAUGAGCGCGUUAAUAAUUAUGUCGUACUUAUUGCCAAUAUCGUAUUUCACCUCAUACAAUAUUCAAUGACAUUUAAAGGUGAUGUAAAGUCCGUAAUGUAAACAAACGCUUUGUUUACAUUUUGAACUCAGUGCUACAGUUGUAAAAUAUGAUUAGGUAUAUAUUAUACUGAAUUUUUAACACUCUUCUGGUUCGCUAUGCUUGUAAAUGAAUGCAGACUAGAGAUUCAAUUCAAGAAAGUUCGGAAGGUGCGAAAUAUUAACAACAUUCCAAAGGUUGCUCCCCCACUGAUGGAAUGUGUUGAUGCGCAGCAUAUAUGCGCAGAACGGACUUUACCGCAUCUUUAAAACCGUCUGUGAUAUUUGCGUAAUGUUCUAGAAUCUAAUCGAUUUCUAGGAUGGCAGUGAACAAAACUAAUUUAGAAGUUUUACUCGUGGCCAAUUUCACGUGUAAAAUUUGCUCACAAAUUCUCUACGACCCAGUUCAAUGUAAGAACAAUGAGCAUUAUUUUUGUUGGGGAUCGCAUCUGUGCACUUUAAAAAUAGUUUGGAAAGAGUAACCAGGAUUUUAGAUUUAGUGGUACUCAAGCGACCUUACAAGCAAAGCUGGAAGCCUGCGAGGAAUUUGUCAAAGUGUCUGAAGAAUCCGAAGAAGAAUCGAUGCCUGAUCUCAGCUCUACUAUGGUCCCACAACAAAACACAAGCCCUCCUACGAUGAAAGGACAAUUUUUUAUGUCAGAGAAGAGGGUUGGUUGCGCUGCAGUGAUCAUGGGUGAUACGAUCGUGGUUAUGGGCGGUGGUCGACGAAACAGAAGGAACUGUAUGAUUGCCCAUUUGAGAAGUGUAAUCCCACGUGCAUCCCGCAUGCUACUGUAAGGAGCCUCCUUAAUAAGGGCACUUGGAGAUAAUUCCGGUAGCGAAUCAAGUUAUGUAUCAUAAACUAUACAAUGGGCUAAUUACGCAUUCUGCUUACUCUGCCCACAAAAACAAACAAAUCUUUUGCUAAUUUCGCAUUCACAAAGUUUCGUAUUAAUAUAUUUGAUAUUCUUUUAAGUUAUCGUACUGACAAACACAGACAUACAAAGAACUGGACGGGAUUUCGAGUUCUCGCAGUUAGCUGAAUGUCCAGUCCUGAUUUUCGGAUUUGAAACAUUACAUCUUGUAUGACCAUAUAAUGUCACACUGGUUGUGUUCCCUUCUACCCAGCCUGUUCGCGGGUGCGAGGUUUCACAUAACUCCGGUGUUGCGCGAACUAAAUUGGUUGCCAGUGGAAAAGUUAUUAUUGGAAAGGGAUAUUGUAAUGGCUUACAAGUGUUUUAA